GCGGUCUUCACACCUCCCAAUUCUAGCCACCCUAACUAGGACAUCAUUACGAAGCGCGCGUAUUUUGCAGCAGCUCGCUCGUUUACGGCCCUAGCUUAAGUUCUAAGCUGUAGCUGGUCGCCCAGCAUUUCAGAGUAGCGAUUGUACUGCUCGGACGAACGCUGGCCCUCCCUUCGACCGAAAGCAUGACGGAUGACAGCUACGCUGUCCAGCAUUUUGGCGUCUCGCCCAAGAGUAUUGUUGGCAGAGUCUAUGAUAUCUGGUUUGACUAUACAGAGAAAUGUCUGGAUGACCUCAAGACUGCAUUACAGGACAAGGCAUCCGGCCGCAUUCCUCCUGAUGAGCUAGAAGCAAGUGUGGAGUCCAUCUUUCAAGAAAUGGUCACUGAAUUUAACAAGAAUGCUGACAAAUUAGAGGAGUUCGUGCAGUCCAACAUCACACACGUGCCAUCGCAUGUGCUGCUCCCUGAAGAUGACGUGCAUCGGCAGUUGCCCGACGAGAGGAGACCGAGCGUGUCCUCCCUUAGGGCACAGCUCGGGUCGCUGCACAGGCGCAUUGCUCAGGAGACUGCACGACAGCAGGCCCUUAAGGAAGAGCUGGCCCGACAAGAUGUUUUGCGAGAACAACUACGAGCCAAGCUGCGGAGCAUUGAGGAGGUGGCUCAGCAAGCAGCUGCAAUGAGCAACAAGACCACCAUGGUGCCAGCAGAGGGUGGUGCCCGCUUGCACCUGGACACUCAAGAUGUGCCGGGACUGUGCAGAAAAGCUGAAGGUCUCUCGGGAGCCACUGAACAGUGCGGAGACACGUAGAUGCUUCGAUACGGCGGUGCAAGGGAUUUUGUAACUGUUGCUCCCUUUUUCACAUUUGUCAUUACACAUAAAAAUCAUGUGUAAUGUAGAGUGUCUUCGAGAGUAUUAUGAAACAGGGAAAAAAAAUUGUAUUAGUCAAGUGAUACCUGAACAAAUAAUUGAGGAAUACUAGUCAGGUCUUCCUUAUUGCUUAUUAUUCAUUAACCCUUACAUAGUACAGCACAGUCAUAGUGCAUGAGUCAGAGAGAAAGAAAUAAGUGCUGCUUCUUGAUAUACUUAACAAACAACUACGAAUUUUGCUAAUGAUUAUUUUGUACUGAAAAGAUUUUGCGCCAAAAAACAACAAAUCAUCACUGUUGUCACUGUUGAUAACUUUUUAGUCCUUUUAGAAUUUUAUCUCCGAAGUACUUUUAUCUUGUUUGACGAGCAACCUUACCUGCAGAAGAAAGGCAUAUGCAUAGGCUCUUGCAUAGCCCCUAUACUUUGCAAUAUCUUUUUACCAUCUAUCGAUCGCUCUUUACACGAUAGUUUUAAUCAUUUUAUUAAUGACAAAGUCCUUAAAGUAUUUCGCUGCAUUGACGACUUUUUAGUGGUUUUAAACAAGCAGAGCUCCGUUUCGAAUGAGGCUACAGUGAGCAGUGUUUUAGAUGAUUUUAGAAACCUGGGGAAAGGGCUUUGUUUUACUUAUGAGUUACCGCAUAAUGGUUUGCUCCAGUUUUUAGAUUUACAGUUAAAGUUUUCAGAUGGGCACAUUUGUUGGGCUUACUCCCCUCUUGCGCAAAAAGGGCUCUUGCCGUAUAAUUCGGCCCACUCAAAGGUAGUGAAAAGAGGCAUUGCGAACCUCUGCCUAGAGUCUUCGCUCCGGAAGUCGUGUGUCCAUGAGAUGCAAGCAAGUUUUGACAACCAAUUGGGCAGGCUCGUUGCAGCUGGCUUCCCUGAGUCGGUCUUGGUCCCUGUGGCAGAAACGCUUUUGAAGAAGUUGAAGGCUGGGGUAAGUAGGGUAGAGCCGAAGAAAAAAGAGUGGCCUAUAGUGGUCCCAUACAUCCAUAAAGUCACGCACAGCCUGAAAAAAGUGGCUAACCGGUAUAAUGUACCGGUGGUGUUCUCCCCUCCCCAAAAGCUUGCCCAGCUAAGCCGUCGCAUAACUUGCGAAAGCCAAAUGCCUGGCUGUCAGAAGAAACAUGGUCAGCGUUUCGUAAAGUGUGCCACAAACGUGGUAUAUGAAAUUCCUCUGUCCUGCGGGAAAUCCUACAUUGGACAGACGGGGCGUUGUGUCAACGACCGACUUAGGGAACAUGCAAAAGCUAUAAAGAAUAAUGAAGGUGAGCGACUUGUGGAUCACUGCAGGGCUUGCGCCAAUUGUUUACCACGGUUCCGCGAUGCGAGGAUUUUGGGUAGAGGCAAGCAUCAGAGAUCACGUGAAACAUUGGAAGCCUUCUACAUCAAGAAAGCGGGUCCGAACUGUGUUAGUGAUACGUCGGUUUUUCUUUACGAUGCUGAGCUGAAGUUUCUAUCACGCCUACUCUGAUAAAACCUUGUACUCCAUGUUGCCUUGUACGCAUGCGCGGUGUUGUGGAGGGCUAUAUAUGUCGAGUGCUUUCACCCUCAUUAAACAGUUGAAGUAGCGCCCGUGGUGUCGUCGUCUUUCUUGUGUUUGUUGUUUUUUGGCGCAAAAUCUUUUCAGUAUGAAUCACCAACUAGCCCAGCACUUAACUCUUCUAAUAGAUUAUUUUGUAUACUUCUUUUACCGAAAUUUGCCAAGGGAGGUACAUUACAUGAUUACUUAUAUUUGUACAUAUUAUAUAGACAUUUGAUGGACCAGAAACUGCAUAAUAAAAUACAAUAGAAUUCUGUUAA